AUGGACCGAAUGAAAGCCACUAACGAACUAAAUCUCCUGGAUGCAAGCAUUUCUGACUUACUUCAUGCACUCGCAUCGGGCUAUACCACCAGCGUAGAUCUGGUGGCUCGCUACUUGCAGCGCAUCAGCGUUUACGAUGCCAAUGGACCCCAGCUUAGCGCGAUCCCCAUCCUCAAUGCAUCCACGUUUGAGGAAGCCACUGCAUCCGAUGCCAGACGGGCCAAGGGUCUGCCAGUCAGAGCUUUGGAAGGCAUUCCCUUCCUAGUCAAGGACAACAUCAAAGUCAAAGGCAUGGCGGUCGCCAAUGGCUCGCCGGCCUUUGAGAAGCUGAUCGCGAAUGAAGAUGCGACAUGCGUGAAGCUCCUUCGAGACGCAGGCGCUGUGCUUUUGGGGCGAACCAACAUGCCUGCCAUGGCCUAUGGAGGUAUGCAGCGUGGUAUUUGGGGACGAGCCGAGAGCCCUUACAAUCGGGAAUAUCUAGCGGCAGCAUACGCCUCAGGCUCGUCCAAUGGGUCUGCCGUUGCCACGACGGCCAGCUUCUGCGCAUUUUCGCUAGGGACGGAAACCGUGUCAUCAGGUCGAUCUCCGGCGUCGAACAACGCCAUCGUUGCUUAUACACCGUCCAAGGGGCUUCUUCCGCUGCGCGGCGUUUUCCCUCUCUAUCCAACAUGUGACGUGUUGGUGCCUCAUACCCGGACUGUCGACGAUCUACUCUACGUUCUCGACGUGCUGGCUGUCUCCGAUCCAACGCCGAUUGGGGACUUUUACAAUGAACAGCCCUUCCUGAAUCUUCCUUCGGUUCAGAGUAUUCGGCCAACGUCUUUUCAUGAUCUCAAAGACAAGUCCUGUCUAAAUGGUCUGCGAAUAGGGGUACCUGCCAUGUAUAUUGGGGGUGUUGACUCCGACAUUCCGCCUCAAAGCAGAGUCAAGACUCGGUCUUCGAUCAUAGAGCUUUGGCUUGAGGCCAAGAAGGCCUUGGAGGAAUGUGGUGCCGAAGUGGUUGAGACCGACUUCCCGCUAGUCACAAUUUACGAAUCAAAUGCGGACAGAGGGCAACUGGUCACAGUUGCGAAUCUGCCUGAAGGAUGGCCGGCUAAGGAAAGAUGUGAGCUUGUUUCACACGCCUGGGAUGAUUUUCUCACGUCGAAUGGUCAAGAGGAUUUGGCGACCCUCACGGUAGUCGAUCCAGCCACGAUCUUUCCACUCGCCCCAAACUCUCUUCUCGGUCAUCCAGAUCAAGCGAACAAGCCGCGAUGGGACGAGAUUGUGGCAUAUCCCCACAGAAAGCCCAGCACCAUUUUCGAAACACCAGGAAUAGAACAGGCACUUCACGCUCUGGAGGACGCUCGAAAGAAAACAUUCGAGCAAUGGAUGGAUGACCUGAAACUUGACGCUGUUGUCUUCCCUGCAAAUAGUGACGUCGGAUCCGCUGACGCAGAUUGCGAUGCGAAUUCAUCUCUUUUUGCGUGGAGUAAUGGGGUCAAAUACUCAAAUGGCAACAGACCCAUACGUCAUCUGGGCGUCCCCACGAUCUCGGUUCCCAUGGGCAUAAUGAGCGACACAAAGAUGCCAGUCAAUCUCACCUUUGCGGCAAAGGCAUACAACGACGUUGAACUCUUGCAAUUGGGACAUGCUUUCGAGUUGGCCACGACGAAUCGUGUCGUGCCCCCUGAUGUUCCACCUCUGCCUUCUGAUAUCAUCCCGUCGACUGGAUUCACUCUGAGUGGCAAUGUAGAGUCAUUCUUGGAUAUAUCAGUGAUUAGUCAAACAAAGCAACAGCAAAACUCGCUGGUUACCGUGCGAGUUACCGGGUCUUUGCACGGCGUUCAAAUUGGCCGCACGCGACUGAGAGCAUACGUGAACGGAGAAUUUCGUGAGGUCCAUCGCGACAAUGAUAUAUGGUCUCUUGAGCUAUCUUGGACAGCCUCGGAAAGAGACAAACCAUGGGUCAAGUGGCAGAGCCCGGCGUGCAGCCAGACAAUAAUCACGAUAAUCGCUGACAUUGGUCAGUGUGCUGUAGCCGGAAAGUUGAUUCUACUCUAA